GUAAAUUUUAAUAAAUUUAUUAACUAAAUUUAUUAAAUGUGUUAUAUCAAAGCACGGAAAAAAAUAUCGAAAGAUGUUUUGUCAGCUCUACGUUUUACUGGCGAGUGCUGACCAUAAACUAAACUGCCUGUUUCAUUUAGUUUUGACAAAACCUCUGAACUUUGUCUCGCCUUUCGUUGUCUUUUUACGUUGCUAUAACAAUGCGUCAUUAUCGAUGCACCGUAUAAUUUUGUCACGAUACGAAGUAGAUGUUUAUUUUACAUUAUUUUACAGUUUCGUUAAUAGUUAAGUUUUGUAAAAUAAAAAAAGCGUUGUCAAAAACACAAUUUGAAAGUAUACAAAAUAUGAAGAACAUUUCAUAAAUUAUAAAUAAGAGGAAUAUAAGAAUUAUUUUAUUCUUUAGGAAUUUAAGAAUUUAUGAUUAUCAAUGAGCGGUAAUAUGGUAAACACAUUGUAUCUUUGCAAUAUUUAUGUGAGAUCCCAUACUAUUGCAUCUUGGCACAUCACAGUUUUGCCGUGGACAUACGUAAUAACUACUCCUUUCAAAAGAAUAAGGACAAUUAAUUAAAAAAGAAAAAUAUAUAUUUUAGUCUUCAUGUAGUAUCGGACAUGGACAACCCUAAAUAUUACGAAUAUAGGUCGAUUAUUUUUGUGAAGAAUUACAUUUUGAUUUGUAAAUUUAUAAAUUGCAAAUAUAAAAUGUAUAAUACUUAAAAUCUUUUAUGAUACACUUAUCGAUCAAAGGAUACUUUCUUUGUUUUUUAAUUGUUUGCUACAUAUAAUGUUUAGAAAAUUAAAAUGAUGUAAACUAGAAUGCAAUUAGCAAAAAGCACUUUAAAAAAGUAAAUAUUUUAUCACAUUUGCAUAUUAUGUUUUAGACUUUUUAAAUAUUUUAGAAAGUACGAGGAAAAAAUACAUUUAAUAUAACAGUGUCGAGUAUGAAUUAUAUUUAUAAAUAUUUAUUAAAAAUAUAGUUAUGUAAUGUCAUAAUAAUCAUACAGAUUUAGAAUGGGCCAUUGGAAUAAAUCGGUUUAUAAUAUAAACUCUUAAUAUAAUUUUGUAUUUUACAACAAGCACAAAUUAAAGUACAAAUUAAAUAAAAAAAGAAUAUGAUUAUUUAAAUUGCAAGUACAAAUUAAAAGAAAAAAGAAUAUGAUUAUUUAAAUGUAUGCUAACUUGUACAGAUCAUCGAUGAUGGUGGCAACGUCUUUUUUCCGCGAAUAUGUUGGCUUGUUUCAGUAAUCAUUAACACGUUCGUCCAUGUUGCUUUAUUGUGUGGUCAGUGAAAUUCUCAUUGCUAAAGUGAGUAAUAUUUUCUGUUAUCAGAUUCUUAUUAUUAUUAUAUCUCUUAUUGCAUUGUGAAUUGUUAAUUUAAUUAGCUGUAAAUGAGAUGCAUCGUUAAAAUGCGGGAUUAUUAUAUCAAACUCUGAUAUGCUUCGCAUAUAUCAAUUUCCAUAAUUAUUUUUUGAAAAACAAUAUAUCCUAUAGUUCAUUAUAGUUUUUUGAUGCAUUAAUUAAAGCACAGUGACAUCAGUGGGUAUUUUACUUUUAUGGCAUGUGAGCGAUUUUGAUAUUAACUUUUAUUUAUUAAUGCAGUGUGAUGGCAUACAUUAUGUGGUGCACAAUUUUGCAUUUGGUAUUCACUGAAACCAAAUGAAGCAAAGAACCUGAUAUUGAUAAUAAUUUGUGCCGACAAACCUCUUUACAUUACUGCAGGGAAAAAAUUUUUAAUGACGCUGUCUAUGUUUUGCAGUGUAAGUUAACCUAUUAUUGUGCUAUAGAUGCUAAAUAAUAUUACAAAAUAUUUGAUAUAUUGCAAAUUAUUUAAUGUUAUAUUACUCAUUUUCACUAUCGUCACUUUAUUUUCUUAUAUUUUUGCUUUCAGUUGAUCAAAAUGUCAGCCGGAUCUAUAUCGGUAUUACUCGCGAAUCGAUGAUAUUUAAUCAUUUACCAGGUCAAUUUUCAAUAUAGAAUCUGAUUUUUCACAAUAUAAUAAUAAAAUAUAUUGAGCAACGCUCACUUAAUGCGCCAAACAGAAUUCAUUUCUUCACAUAAACAAAAUUAAAUUAUUGGUUUGAAAAAAAUAUCUAUAAUCAACUGUAACAAACAAUCGUAUACGCAUUAAGAUUACUAUAAUCAUUAAUAAUAAUACCCUAUAUUGUUUUUUUAUUUAAGCGUAAUUUAACUAAUUUGCAAAAAACGUUGACAGAUAAUAUAAGAAUAUUUAUUUUAAAUACAUUAACUAAUUAUACCUAUUACAAUAUUUUAUAAUAUAAUAAUUUAAUUUUUAAAUAUUGCACAGCUUCCCCUAAAGUAUUUAAUAAUUAAUAUUUCUUAAUAUAAUUUAAUUGCACUGUUUCAAGCAAUAUUGCUAAUUAACGCCACUUAAUAGUCAUUAAUAGUCUCUCUCUCUCUCUCUCUCUCUCUUUCUCUCUAUCUUUCUUACUUACUCACUUACUCAGUCUCUUCUCACUGUAGCUUUAUAUAAAUAUACAUAAUUAUUUCAUAUUUUUUAUUGCACUGCAUUAGCCAGAAUGUUUUCUUAUCGAGCACUUACUUUAUGAACUCCCGUUUAAUCUAUUUCGUGUUGCUACCUUUCGGCCUUUUCACGUCGCUACAAACACAUACUGCCUAACGCUCAUUUUUCCUGAAGAGUCUAAUGUGACGAUGCAAUAAUUUUGUUACAUUUUGAAGUUUAUUUGAUGAAAAAUGCCAGUUAAACUUUAGAAAAUGCAAAUUGUUAAAAAAAGUUCAAGUUUUCAAAGUGAGGAAAGAAACGAGAGAAUAAAUUUAUAAUGAGCGCCCCGACAAAAAUUGAAGGACAUUGCACCUGUUUAGAUAUUCAUGGGCUAUUUAGCGAUGCAGAUAGGAGGGCUGUACAAAUUCGUUUCUUCGAACGAGAAACUGCACGCUUAUAAUAAAAAUGAUGCGACAGACGUUAAUACCUAAAAUAUUUACAAGGUGUCUGUACUUUGCACAUUAGCAUGUGCAUUUCAGAACUUCUUCCGUGGACAUGCGUAAUUACCAUGCCCCCUGAGAAACAAAAGAGAGAGCUGAAUUCAUAAAAAAAUGCCAGUCGCGGUUUAGUCUUGGACAUGUACAGCUCUAAAGAAUCGGUACACGCAGGUCUAUAUCUUUAUAUCGUUAAUUUCUAUAUAAUAAACGUAAUGGGUAAAGCCCAUUUCUGAUAUUGACGUGACUGUAUGAUAAUGAAUUUAUAUAUUUAGUAUAUUUUAAUUAGAGAAUGUGUAAAAUUUUACGAUAAACGGUUUUGUCGGUGUUUCAAGAUACGCUGUUUUUUUAUUAAUAUUAGUAGAUUUUGUUUAAAUAUCGAAUAACGCAAAAAUAAUUCUCAUGUGAACAUAUUUUGCUGUUGAGCUAGAAAAAUUUAUCGUAAAACUUCACAAAUUUUCGCAUUCUAUUCCAUCGAUAAUUAAAAAAUUAUUCCAAAAAAUAACAUCGCGUUAUAAACAUUAUAUGAUUGUCAAUAUACUUGAAUCACGCGACGUUACUAAAGUUUAUUUAGUGUUCUUUAUCUGUCGAUGUAAUCACAAAACGUGUGAUAAUUAUGUAGACUUGGAUUGGGCAAUUGGAAUAAAUCGGAGAUGUCUAAAAAUCGUCGGUCUCUGGCCGGACGACAAGUUAAGUCGUCGACAAAAAUUUAUAACAAAUUCACGCGCCAUUGCUUUUUUUGCUACAAUGGUUUGCGUAUCGGUCAUACCUGGCAUAAUGGCAUUUGUGAGAGUCUGGGGCUAUAUGAUGGCGAUGACAGACAAUAUGCAAAUUAGUUUGCCUUUCUCAGUGACUACCUUGAAAUUUAUUAUUAUGUGGUUUCACAAAGAAGAACUGGAACCGCUCUCAAGAAUGGUCAUAGAAGAUUGGCUCAGGGAAAAAACAGCGGAAGAACGAAGUAUUAUGAUAAAGCACGCAAGAAUUGCCAGAAUAAUAAUUGUGUUCGGAUGUAUCAUGAUGGUCAUUGCGUGCUUUCUUCUCAUCAUUCCUCCCAUGUUCGGCUACACCAUGAGAUAUCUGACGAAUUUGACAGAUCCGGGAAGGCCGUUUCUGGUGCAAACGUAUUAUUUGUGUGACAUAACGGAGACCCCGUACUACGAAAUCGUGUUUGCUGCCCAAGCCACAUCGAUUAUAAUGGCCGCGAUUUCUUACACGGGUAUCGAUACUUUCCUGAGCUUGGUUGUAUUUCACAUAUGUGCUCAAUUGGAAAUUUUAGAGGGGCGAUUUCUUAAUUUGGACAAAUACAAGGAUUUCAAGACCGGAUUAGCCAUCAAUAUCGAAGAUCAUCUACGUCUCAUUAGGUCUGUUGAUGUCCUCGACAAUACAUUCAACUCGAUGCUUCUGUCAUUAUUAGUAUUUUUCGCAAUGUUAUUUUGCUUACAAGGAUUUUUAAUCGUUUCCGUCAUUGACGGAACCACUGAUCUUUCCUUUUGGCGAAUAUGCUGGCUCGUUUCGAUUCUUAUUAAUACAGGUAGUCACAUGUGCCUGUACUGCGUGGUCGGAGAGAUUCUUAUAGCCAAAACUGAGGGAAUAUAUAAUGCGGUUUAUAAUUACACGUGGUAUUUGAGAACACCGAGAGAAGUUAGAAACCUGUUGCUGAUAAUAGUUCGCGCCGAAAAGCCUCUGUACAUUACCGCGGGCCGGAUGUUUCCCAUGACACUAUCCAUGUUUUGCAGUUUGAUAAAGACAUCAGCCGGUUAUAUAUCUGUAAUGCUUGCUAAUCGGUAACUCUUCAAUAAUUUGAUCAAACAAAAACAUAGAAUGGCCAAAUAUGCGGAAGAAACUAUAUUUGAGUGAUGUGAAUAAUGUGCAAUCGUGUUUUUUUAUUCAUAUUACAUUUGUCUACGGUUUUGCGUGUGAUUAUUAUUUUAAAAAGAAAAGAUUUAUAUAUUUAUAUUUAUAUAUAUCUAUAUAUAUACAAAUAUAUAUUUCUUAAUAAUAAAAAAAUUUUUAAUUGUAAAGUUACUAUUAAAAAUUAUGAUAAAGUUAUUAAUAAUUGUAAUUAAUUAUAAAAAAUUAUAACAGACUUAAUUAUAUAAAAUAUGUCUAAAAAGAAGAAUUAUUUAUACUAUGCACAACACAAGAAUCUUAUGUAAUAUACUAGUGCAUACAAAAUUUAUAAAAUGUAAGAAAUAUAUGUACCAUAAAUUUUAAAUUAGUUUUAUACUUAUUUUAAAAUCUAAAUAUAAUAAUAACUUUGUUUUUUGUAUUUUAUUUCAACAAAAUAAAAUUUUAGUUAACAGAAAUCCUAUUGCCUCUAUCUACUUAAUCAGAUUAUAAAAAAAAUACAUAGAACUAAAUUAAUCUAUAAUGCAUAAUACUAUGCUUAGAGAUACUUACUCGAAUUUCUCGGAUCGGAGACUCAAGUCCAGCAUUCGAGACGCUUUAUCUUAAAGAUACAAAUGAGCGACCGAAUGCCGCGGACGCUAAUUUUGUGGACAUUAUUCAUACUUGCGCUGUUAGUUUAAGCUUUCUUUGAUCUAUUGGUCAUGCAAAUUUUUAUCAAAAUGGAGGAACGUUUGGGCAACCUAGAUGUCCUGUAUUUUCAUCUCGUACGACGCCACAACAUUGUAUUUUAUAAUAUUAUAUAAGAGGUGUAUUGAAUCUAGUUUGUAUUUUUAGAAUCCUGUAGCUACGGUAGAUUGCAUCAGUAUUUCGCCGAGUCCAUCGUGCAUCUUGAUGGUUUCGUCGGUAUGCGAUGCUCUAAUUGAAUGGAUUUCCAGCUUGGAAAAUGUGGAGAUAAUAAUUCCAGCCUCGCCAUUAUGGGCGAAUUUAUUAACACUGAUGCUCAAGGUAUUUUUUCUUUGGAAACCAACUGACAGCUACCGUUUGGAAAGGGUAAGAUAAAUAUUGGAAAUAUAUUUUAACUAUGAUAUCUAUUACUAAUGAUAACCAUACAAUAAAAAAUCUGCAUAGACAGAUUUAAAACAAAACAAUUUAUCAAUUUCUGAUGGUAUAGAGACAACAAGUUGCAUCAAAAGUCAAAAAGAACACUAGAGAUAUCUUUAUUUUUUUUUUAAAUAUUGCAUAAAUAAUGAUGUUUACAAUGUAUGUUAAUAACCUAUAACAUCUUUAUAUGUAAUUAUGUGUUGUAUUUCCACAGCAUAUAAAGACAUAUAAUUAAGAAAAUGAAAUAGAUAUCAUAUUUUCUCUACUUACACAUAUAUACACAUAUACACAUGUCUAAAACAUUUUACAUACAUAAUUUACAUUAAAAUAUUUUUUUCAAUUUUUAU